AUGGGAUUGAGUCAUUCAUCUAAAGUUAUUACCUAUCCACAUGAGGAGAUUUAUCCUCGUUUGGAUAUCUUAGACAUGACUAGUAAUCAAUCGUAUGCCCCUCAGUUUGAUCUAUUGAUCCAAAGCUUCCAAGCUCUUCAAGAUCGUCCUUAUGACGACAUGAGGUCAUUUUAUCAAAUUGCUGGCAUACAUGGGCUGCCAUUUACAGCCUAUGAUGGAAUUGAAGGAGCCUAUCCUUAUCGAUCGUCGGAAUUUUUAGGAGGCCGUUGGGGUGGAUAUUGUCAUCAUGGAGAUGUUAUAUUCCCGACAUGGCAUCGAGCAUAUGCACUUUUAUUAGAAGGUCAAUUAAGGACCGAAGCGAAAGAAAUUGCGAAUAAAUACCCAUCGGAUCAAAAAGAUAAAUACGUUGAAGCAGCUAAACAGCUCCGCCAUCCUUAUUGGGAUUGGGCGGAUGAAAAAGCGAUUAAAGGUGUACCCGAUGUUUUCAUAACGCCUACCCUAGAAAUAAACACCCCAAAUGGCAAGCAAAAAGUAAAAAACCCGUUAAAGUCCUAUACCUUACCAGUGGAUCUUGCAGACCCACUUCCAAAAGGUUUAAAUCCAAAUGAUGCAAAUUAUACGGUACCUAACGUGAGUUAUAUUCCAUUUACACCGAAAGGAUACCAGACAGUACGUCAUCCAAACAACAAAAAUGUCGAUCAAGUCGACAUAAUGAAUAUAAAUAUGUCAACGUAUAUUCAAUCAGUAUUUAGACCAGGAUUUUAUCAAAUGUUUCACAUAAGUGACUUUACAAAGUUUUCAAAUCACGGUCUGACAUCAAAGGGUGGAGAAUUACCAGAUUUCAACCCCGGUCAUCCAAAACCUUUUAAUAGACUUGGAUUUUCCCAUUUUGCAUCAUGGGAAACGACCCAUGAUGGAUUUCAUGUAGUAAUUGGUGGUACUGGAGGGCAUAUGACUUAUGUUGAUAUAGCAUCUUUCGAUCCAAUAUUCUCUUUUCAUCAUGUCAAUAUGGAUCGCAUUUUUGCACUUUGGCAGAAAAUAUAUCCUAAUAGCUGGAUUAUAUCAAAUAUUGAUGUAAAUGGAACUUAUACGAAUAUUAUGGGUGAGGUGAUUAACGAAUACACAGAACUCACACCAUUCCGAAAAUCAGAAACCGAAUUUUGGACAUCUGAUGACGUUCGAGAUUUUACAAAACUUGGUUAUACUUAUCCUGAAGUUGAAAAAUUUUAUGGUAAUUCAACGGCAAUAUUAAAUUAUGUUCUUGAACUUUAUAAACCUGAUCCGCAUUACGACACUCGAUUUUUUGUGAAAGUGACGAUAGAGUCAGGCAAAGUAAAGGGACCAUUUGUUAUCAGGGUAUUUGUUGAUUUGCCCUCAGCAGAUUCCUCGACACCAACAACAUCCCCUAAUUUUGCGGGAUUUGUUGCCAUGUGGCAAAGUGACGCACAUAAUAGUACUUUUGUUGAAGGUACCGUUGAUAUAACAGCAGCUAUGGAACGCCUUAACAUAAGAACGCAAAAGCAUGAUUUUGUUCAUGAAGUUAAUCUUACAACAGGCUUGGUAAACCCUGCAUCUCUUUUCAAUAUUGGUACAGAUAUAAAUUUAGUUCCUGUUAUGAUAGAUGGUUCCGAAAUUUUACCGGAAGCUGCUGGUGUUAAAUUAGUUGAGGUUUUCUCGUUUGAACAUGAUAAAGUAGAUAAAAAUUUCCUCGUUGAAAGCACGGGACAAUAUUAUACCGCUAAAAAAUUUUAA